GGCAAUUUGUAGGAUUAUUGUUCUUUUGCUUUUAGCUCUUGUGGAUUUGGAGGCUGCUUGCGAUAGCUCGUCUUGCCAUCCGCUUGCCAUUUGGCUGUGGGUUUUUUAUUUUUAUUUUUUUUUUUGGAUGAUGCAACCUUACGUUUGUUGACUUGUGUGUGUGGUCGUCGAUUUCCUCCUCCUUUUUGUUCCCAAAAACUGCUCAGCACUCCCACACGCAACUGCGAUUCGCCAGGCACAAACCUCCGAGAACACUAAACAUAUAUCCGCCUUUUUGUUUCGCUCAUCCACAAUAGAAGGGACAAGGAGUUCCGCAGCAACCGUUUCUUUCCCACGGCACAACACACGCACUAGUAUUUAAAGAUACCUUUUAAUUCGGCCGUGGCGACAUUCUUUUUGCAUGACCUGGAACGCGCACCUCUGCAACUUGUGAUUACCUCUUGGCUCUCACGUAAACACCUCGCUGCCGCAUGGUGAUUCCCUUGAACGUCUCUGCUGAGACAAGGUCAACAAGAAGAAAUAAUUCAAAGACAGUCACAGGGACAAAGACAAUACCUCGUGGCACGACUGCAAGUCUGCCAAGUCUGCCGGUGACGGGCGUGCUCGCUCCUACUCACGCUGCGUCUUUCGUGAAGAGGACUUCCAACUUGAGUGGCAAGAUGUUCUUUAAGGGAAAAUGGAAUUUCCGUAAAGGAAAUGCUCCUCCCGCACGAAUUGAAACAGACUUUCCAGACGAGGUUUUGGAAAAGGUGGAAAAGGAACGGUGUGUGAGCGCAACGGAUUCGGCUUGCGGUGUGGAAGAGCUAUUGAGAAUUGAUUUCCUGGCGCACCUCCCAUAUGAGCUUGCUGUGCAGAUUGUGUGCGCAGUCGGCGACAUUGCCACUGUCCAGAUGCUCGGGCUCGUCUCAAAGCGCUGGGCGCAACUUUCCCGCGACAAGGAAGUGUGGAAGAGUCUCUAUCUAAACCGAUGGGGACCGCUGACACCUCUGAAAAAACUCCAAAAACUCCGAAAACAACAACGCGACUGGAAAAGCCUCUAUUCAAACCGUAUCCUCCUGGAAAAGAACUGGGCAGAAGGGAACGUGACGGCCCGCUACAUCAACGGCCAUCACGAUUCCGUUUACUGCAUCCAAUUUGACACUGAGAGAAUAAUAUCUGGGUCCCGGGAUCGCACCAUCAAGUUUUGGGAUCUGGAAACUCAAAAAUGCACUCGAACUCUCCGCGGCCAUUGCGGAUCUGUCCUCUGCCUCCAAUACGAUGAGCGAUACAUUGUAACAGGGUCCUCAGACGCAAGCAUUAUUAUCUGGGACUACACAUCAGGAGAAGAACUCCAUACCCUACGCGGCCACAAUUCCCCCGUUCUCGACGUUCGUUUCAACGACACCAUCAUUGUCAGCUGCUCCAAAGAUUGCACAAUAAAGAUAUGGUGUCUCUCCACAGGUAGACUUGUGCGAACACUUGAGGGCCACCACGCAGCCGUCAACGCCGUCCAUUUACACGGUAACCUUGUCGCAUCCGCCUCUGGGGACUGUUUUAUCAAACUCUGGGACAUUGAAACUGGGAAAUGCAUCCGCGAUUUCGUUGGCCACAGUCGGGGCCUCGCUUGCGUCCAAUUCGAUGGAGACACCAUCGUAUCUGGUUCCAACGAUCGAUCCAUCCGGGUGUGGAACGCGCAUACCGGAGAAUUACUCCGAACAUUGGAAGGUCACAAUGACCUCGUUCGAACACUUUGCUUUGAUAAAAAGCAUAUCGUCUCGGGAUCAUAUGAUCAGACUAUCAAAGUAUGGGAUUUCAAAACGGGGGAAUUGCUCUGGGAUUUAAAGGAUGCGCAUUCGAGUUGGGUCUUCCAUGUCCAGUUUGAUGCUACAAAGAUUAUAUCGGCUAGUCAGGAUCGUAAAAUCGUUGUUUGGGAUUUCACACAUGGUGUAGACCAUGUCUCGGACUUUAUCUAAGUACCCGGCUAUUUUCUCUGCAUACAGCUCUUCUGCAAAAGAAAAGAAAAAGAUAGGGGGCUUUAAUGGGUAAAACUUUUUCAAGAUGUGGUAUUUCUUUCUUUUUGGGUCUGCCCCAUACCUUUUUUUUUUCCUCUGUAGAUUUUGGUUUAUGUAGGGUUGGGUGUCUAUUGGUUGCGCUCCUGGAUGUUUGGAGAGCAUUCGGAGAUGAGAGCAAGUAUUUCGUGUAAAGUGAGCUGUAGAUUGUAUUAGCAUGGGUUGCUGGCUUGUGGGGUUGUGGCCCGUCGGCCACGAUUACAUUCUUUCUCGUAUCUUAAAAUAUAUUAUACCGUCCGUCAUCUGACAGCAGCUCCCGAAAGAUUUGCUGUACGACAGCCACG